AGCCAGAUAUCAUUCGCGUCUCGUCAGUCGAAACGUUCAUACGGAUAUUCUCAGUAUCGCGAAAUGGCACGUACCAAGCAGACCGCUCGUAAGUCGACCGGAGGCAAGGCCCCGCGCAAGCAGCUGGCGACCAAGGCCGCUCGCAAGAGCGCCCCGGCCACCGGCGGAGUGAAGAAGCCACAUCGCUACAGGCCCGGAACCGUCGCCCUCCGCGAGAUCCGUCGCUACCAGAAGAGCACGGAGCUGCUCAUCCGCAAGCUGCCCUUCCAGCGCCUCGUGCGUGAGAUCGCCCAGGACUUCAAGACCGACCUGCGCUUCCAGAGCUCGGCUGUGAUGGCCCUGCAGGAGGCCAGCGAGGCCUACCUCGUCGGCCUCUUCGAGGACACCAACCUCUGCGCCAUCCACGCCAAGCGCGUCACCAUCAUGCCCAAGGACAUCCAGCUGGCUAGACGCAUCCGUGGAGAGCGUGCUUAAAUUCUA